AUGUCUCACAACGCCAGUCCGGCUACAUUCAUGGCUACGGCCACACACGCACCCUCCCAAAAGGUCAGCCAACAAGAUGAGCAGAUUUGCCAAGCAAGCCUGAUUAUCUAUCGUCUGGGUCCUUCUUACAAUGUGUUAGCUGUCGUGAAGGAUCGAGACCAAGGAGUAGAGCAAAAGUUAGUUUCGCGAAGCUCUGUACUGGGUGUGGAAGGGGUCGAGAAGCUCUUGCAACUGUUUAGCGUGGCGCGGAAGGGGGUGACCUGGGAGUUGUCGGGGUUGCCAGAAGCUCUAGGAAGCUCUGCGAAGCUCUUGCAACUUGUUGAGGUGCACCUGCUCUGUCUGCCAUGCACUUGCACACUCACACACACACACACAGAGCUGAACCCCUCUUUCCUGUCUAGUUUGACUUUCCCCCCUCCUCCCUCAACGGACCGGUCCAUGUCCGUUUCCUGUUGGAUGUCUUUUUUCUUGUGUGGUCUUUGCCUUUUUUUCUGCCCGUCCGCCGUUCGGUGA